AUGGUUUCUAGCCCCCUGGCGACGUCCCGGCCGCCUGAUCGCCGACCGUUCGCUCAUAUCGAAUCUUUUCCCUUUACACUACCUUCAAGAGCAGACAGCUGGACUGCAAGAGAUGACAUUGUCCGGAGGUUCUCAGACUCGGCUCCAAAGCCAGAGAAGGAAGAAACAGACAAGAACAUCAAACAUGCCGUUGAUGCCUAUCACGAUGCCAUUGUGCAGCUAAAGCAGGUCCUCAAGACCGAUGACCUCGACAAUAUCCUCUCGUCAUCCUCGACAGUCACAGAGCUACAUAAAGUUGCUAUCGGCAUUCAGAACGCUCAGGCGAAUGUGCUCGAACAACGCCAGAUUGCGAGAUUCGUCGAUACGAUUAAUCACUACUCCGGAGUCUUCGACGUCCUGUCACAAUGCGCAUUCGGAUAUAUGACGCUGAUUUGGGGCAGCCUCAAAUUCGUCUUGCUCAUGGCAAAAAGCCACUACGACACCUUGUUCAAAUUCACAGAUGUCAUGUGCCAGAUCGGUAUAAAUCUACCACGGGUCGAGCUAUACAGGCAGAUCUUUCCCACGGCACGAAUAUUGCAGUUUGUGUCGCAGCUCUACGCGGCUAUCGUCGAGUUCUUGCAGGAGUUUAUCGUCUACCUAAAGCAAAAGAGUUACCGGAAAUUCUUCGGGAACUUCACCAGGCCCUUUGACUUACAGUUUGGCCGCCUCGUAGGGCGAAUACAGUCCCUCGAACAGACUAUCGACAAAGAUGCCUACGCGAGCGCCAUCUUGUUACAAGUGACGCAGAGCCAAAGCAUGGCAAGGCAUCGAGUCGACCUGUCCAUACGACGAACCCACAACGAGGGUUGCCUCUCCGACGUCCCUGACAUCGCCGUGUCGCCCUACCUCCUCGACAUGAAGAAAGCCCUCUUCCACGGCUUCGAAAUCGAGGCGUCGUACCACGAAGAGCUAGCCACGACGUUCAAGAUGACUUCCUCGAAAGCCUGGGCCAGUUGGCUGUCCAUCGAGCAACAGUACGUGCCCAGCAAGUUCUCGCACAAAACCACCAUGGUCCAGGCCGAGUGCGACGCCCCCGAUGCCGCGACCUGCCUGCAGUGGGUCACGCAGGUGCGCGCCGAGUCCCCUCACAUAGUGUCCGUGUUCCUGCUCUGGGCACGAGGGAUGACGGCCCAGAGCGCCAUCGCGUCGAUCGUGUUCCAGAUGGUCCAGCAGCGGCCCGCGGUCCUGCAGCGGGCAGGGCUAAGCAUGAAGUCCUUCUCCGCCGCGAACGCAUCGCUGCCCAAGCUGUGGGAUCUAUUCCUCACCCUCGUGCAGCACCUCGGCGGAUUGAUGGUGUACAUCUCGAUCGGCUCGGUCGGGCAGGAGGAGUUCGGAAUCGUGGCCUGGUUUGUGGAUCUAUGCCAGAAGUGGUCCGGCCCACCGCUGAAUGUGGUGAUCAUCCACCCCUUUGAUGAGAAUUUCGUUCAUAUUGAAAACUGUGUUGAUUUAGACGACAAGUACGACGUCCAUCCUUCUCUAACCACUAGCGAUGCGCUCUACCACGUGGUUCUCCUGGAGCUGGAGGUCCAGGAAGCUCUGAGCGAGACAGUACAGUUGGUCCUCUGGGAGGCUCUCUGGCGGGAGGUCCGAUACGCUGUAAUUGGUAUUGCUGUCACUUCGACUGUAGACGAGAUCAUCAAGUGCGCGAAGGAACUGAUCGAGGAACGAGGUUGCGAGGAGGACGUGAUGAGCCGCUGGGUGUCGACGGUGAUGAAAUGGACAAACGACAACAGGGCGUUUCACAUCAUGAGAGAGCAGAUCCAGCGGCAUUUGAACAUAGUCGAUAUACACCUCCCGCAAGUGGUGCGGACAAGGCUGGAGAGGAUGGUCAGCUCCGCGGCCGGCUCACGACUCAGCACCCGGGAGAGAAGGAGGCUGACGAAGGAGCUGCGUGAGGGAGAGCCGAAGCCGCUGGAUGAUGACGAGAGGGGCGCGAUAUGGCGGAGGAUACAGGAUGUUAUCAAGCCAGCUACGAUGGACACGUAUAAUGCUUCUAUUGGGAUGUUGAUGCGCAGGGUGCUCGAUGCGUAUCUGGAUGAUCCUCCGGAAAGUGAGAGUGACGCCAAAAGGUCGGUCAAGGAGCUGAUGAGGGGUGUGUUUGGGUGGAAUAAGACGUGGAAGGCAGAAUUCUUGGAUGAUCAGAGCCCGAUCCUAGAGAGCAUGGUCACGGCAAUAGAUAUGGGGUUUGGCGACGUUCUAGAUGCGAUAAUCGUCGAGGUUGGGAUUUAG